AUGGUUGGUACUAACUUUAAUAGACAAGUUAAUAGACAAGUUAAUAGGCUAGUUGAUAGACAAGUUGAUAGACAAGUUAAUAGACAAGUUAAUAGACAAGUUAAUAGACAAGUUAAUAGACAAGUUAAUAGACAAGUUAAUAGACAAGUUAAUAGGCAAGUUCAUAGACAAGUUAAUAGACAAGUUAAUAGACAAGUUAAUAGACAAGUUAAUAGACAAGUUAAUAGACAAGUUAAUAGACAAGUUAAUAGACAAGUUAAUAGACAAGUUAAUAGACAAGUUAAUAGACAAGUUAAUAGACAAGUUAAUAGACAAGUUAAUAGACAAGUUAAUAGACAAGUUAAUAGACAAGUUAAUAGACAAGUUAAUAGACAAGUUAAUAGACAAGUUAAUAGACAAGUUAAUAGACAAGUUAAUAGACAAGUUAAUAGACAAGUUAAUAGACAAGUUAAUAGACAAGUUAAUAGACAAGUUAAUAGACAAGUUAAUAGACAAGUUAAUAGACAAGUUAAUAGACAAAUUAAUAGACAAGUUGAUAGACAAGUUGAUAGACAAGUUGAUAGACAAGUUAAUAGACAAGUUGAUAGACAAGUUGAUGAACAAGUUGAUAGACAAAUUGAUAGACAAGUUAAUAGACAAGUUAAUAGACAAGUUCAUAGACAAGUUAAUAGACAAGCUAAUAGACAAAUUAAUAGACAAGUUGAUAGACAAGUUGAUAGACAAGUUAAUAAACAAGUUAAUAUACAAGUUGAUAGACAAGUUAAUAGACAAGUUAAUAGACAAGUUAAUAGACAAGUUAAUAGACAAGUUAAUAGACAAGUUAAUAGACAAGUUAAUCAACAAGUUAAUAGACAAGUUCAUAGACAAGUUGAUAGACAAAUUAAUAGACAAGUUAAUAGACAAGUUCAUAGACAAAUUAAUAGACAAGUUAACAGUCAAAUUUGUAUAGCUAAUUGUUUUAAAUAA